UCCUCUAGCUUGCCGCCUUCCUUCCUCCGAGGGGGUGGUAUGAGCUUGCUCGUUACGUAAGACAAGGAAAUACGUCAGCGAGCUCAAAUCCAAAACUGGGGAAUUUAUUAGCAUACGAUUUCCCAGGGAUAUUCGUCGGUCAAUCCAAUCGGCGAGCAAACCUGUCGCAAAAAUACCUGCAAUAUGGACGGGUCUGCAAUGGAAGGGCUAGAUGACUUUGAGAAAACCUUAGCGGCAGAGAAGGCCGAGAGAGAGAGGGCCGCGCGCGAGAAGGAAGAGCGAAGGGAACGGAAGCACCGCCAUCACCACCGGAGAGAUCGUUCCUCAGAACGCGACCGCCAUCGCGAUAAAGCCAGAGACGAAGACCGUACCAGGGACGGAGACGGGGAUAAAGAGCGCCACAGAAAUCGCCAUAGGAGGGACGACGAUGACGACGACCGCCGUCAUAAGCGGCCCAGGCAUUCCAAGGACGAGGAAGGAUCGAGGCAUAGACACAGGCAUGGAUCGAAAGGACGAGAACGCGAUCGCGGAGGGAAGGAUUUGAAGGGCCUGAAGCAAUCAGACCCUAAAGAAGAUUUGCCUUUGCCAGACGAGGAGAAAACGCCAGCGCUCGUAAGGGACUCUUGGAUGACUGCUCCUUCUGCCCUCGAUAUCGACUAUGUUCAAGCUCCCCGGAAGAAGGAAACCAAGCAGCCUGUUGAACCGGAACCGAAACGGGUAUUACACAAGAGGGAACUCAACACCGGACUGGAGGAAGUAUCAAACGAGAAGGCUCUAGAAAGCCUUGAGCACCCUACGGAGCGCGAAAUAUCUUACAAAUUUGGAGACGAAGGGUCCAAUUGGAGGAUGACGAAGCUGAAGACAGUCUACACCCUGGCAGAGCAGACCGGCCGCCGGGUUGACGACGUUGCUGAGGAGAGGUUCGGCAGCCUACAGGAAUUCGAUGACGCGAGGGAGGAGAAGAUUGAGGUGGACAGGAGGAAGGUCUAUGGCCAGGGCUAUGUUGGGAAGGAGAAGCCAACUGGCGAACUCUACAGGGAACGGAAGGCCAAGGUGGGCUUUUCACCGAGGGACCACCCUUCGCCUGCAAGCGAUGAUGAACCCGAACAGGGCUUGGUCAUCGAGACACUGGUGCAGCCAGCUGCCAUUGAUCAGAGCGCCCUCAAUCGCCUUCGGGCACAGAUGAUGAAAGCCAAGCUCCGAAACUCCCCCGACGCAUCGAAGCUUGAGGCGGAGUACAAUGCCGCCGUAGCCUCCUUCUCCAAUACUUCAAACAACCCAGUUGUGCUGGAUGCGACGCAUAAUCGCAUGCUCGCCGGACCCCGCGGCGAAAUCAAAAACAUCGAGAACAAGCGUGGGCGCGAGCGCGGGCUCGUCGAGGCCAACGAAGACAUGAGCGUCGAAGACAUGGUGCGAGAGGAGCGGCGCACGCGGGGCCAGGCCGGGGGCGAGGGCAUGCGCCUGGCCGAGCGGAUCGCCAAGGACUCCAAGUUCGACAACGACCUCGAGUAUCUCGACGAGAACGCCGAGAAGCUUGCGAAGCGCGUGCACAAGACCGAGGCCAGCCUGAAGAACAUGGCCGUCUCCGACUUUCAGAAACUGAACCGCAUCCUGGACACGUGCCCGCUAUGCCACCACGAGGACCGCGCCCCGCCGCAGGACCUCCCGCUGGCGCCGGUGGUGUCCCUGGCGACGCGGGUGUACCUCACGCUGCCGACGGAGCCGGAGCUGACGGGCGCCGAGGGCGGCGCGAUCAUCGUGCCCGUGAGCCACCGGACGAACCUGCUCGAGUGCGACGACGACGAGUGGGAGGAGAUGCGCAACUUCAUGAAGAGCCUGACGCGCCUGUACCACGAGCAAGGGCGCGAGGUCCUCUUCUACGAGAACGCGGCGGCGCCGCACCGGCGGCUGCACGCGGCGCUCGUCGCGGUGCCGAUCCCCUACGACCUCGGCGACACGGCGCCGGCCUUCUUCCGCGAGGCCAUGCUCUCGGCCGACGAGGAGUGGUCCCAGCACAAGAAGAUCAUCGACACGGGGAAGCGCGCCAGGGAGGGCCUCGGGAAGCUCGCCUUCCGCCGCAGCCUCGCCAAGGAGAUGCCGUACUUCCACGUGUGGUUCAACCUCGACGGGGGGCUGGGCCACGUCGUCGAGGACCAGGGAAGGUGGCCGAAGGGAGAUCUGUUCGCGAGGGAGAUCAUUGGAGGCAUGGUCGACUGCGGGCCGGAUGUCAUCAAACGUCAGGGGAGGUGGUCGAGGUCGGAUGGGCGGGUCGAUGGGUUUAAGAAGAGGUGGAGGAAGUUUGAUUGGACUCGAGUGCUCACUGGUGACCAGUGAGAAGGCUGCACACGCAUUCGACCGAGGGCCGAGAUUUGCAGAUUCGUAUCAUGAUCCGAAAGAAACCACACGUUUUCUAAGUCAUGGCAUGUCAGUCAUGGUAACACAUACGGCACUUUGUGAAGCGCCUUAGAAGCCUGGGGUCACCAAGACGAGGCCUAUAUUGGGAUCCAUCGAAACCGGCUCUAGUCACAUAACAGGCUGGUCUGGCAGGUGGGUACAUUGUGUGGUACAAAAGUCAUGGUUUCAAUAUACACUGGAAGAAGAG